GGAUUUGUACUCCAGUUGGUGGCGGUAAUGCAACAUUAUAUUGGAUGCCAACCGCCGUUAAACCCCACCGAAGAAGGCUAACAGAUCAUCCAUUUCUUAAAACAGGAAGUAGGUUCAGUUCACUCAGAGAGGAAGAGGCGAAGCAAGAGGGGUAACUUAGGCCAAAAUCUGUCUACUCCGGCAUGUGGCGUUUUUCCGCUCACCAAGCGAGGAGUUUUUGUAUGGAGGUCAAUGAGAGUGUCGAAUUUGGUUAACAAAAAGUUGAAUGGUUUAUUUGCUACAUGUGGCUUAUUUGAUAUAAUCGAAGUUUUGAAAUGCGUGGUUUGUUACGCGUGUACUGAAAUACGUAGGACACGUGACAUCCUGGCAACUUUGAGAAAAAACACUUAAUAUCGGAGUUGCGCGUGUUGUUCACUCAAGUUUAGCCCUCUCAUUGGCUAGAAUGGUCCCACAUGAUCUUGCCUCCUCCGACUGCCUACCUUUUUUUUCAUAUCAACAUAUCGUUUGAUUGUUAGAGCGGGCACUAGAGUAUCUGGUCACUAUAGUGGAUAAUUUUUUGGUUCACUCCAUAACUGUGUGGAUAAAUAUGUGAUUCUCUUGUAAAACAGAUACUGUGCAUUAAGAAAGUCUACACUGACAUGUAGUUUCUACAAAACAAGAGGUCGUACUGGUGCUUUAGCUUGAUGAAACAGCCGGCUAUGUCUCGACAUAUCCAUAUAGAUGCGUCCGGCGAUGAUGCAGCACGAGUGCCACUUCUCACCAGCCACCUGGAGCUAGCUAGCCUCGACUCGGAUGAAGGUGAAGUUAUUUUUGAGAGGAGUAUUGGAGAUAAUGCAAAUGAUGUUCAGAGAAGUACACAAAGAAAACGAACAUAUGAGGAAGCUGUUGAAGACGCAGGUUUUGGUUUGUUCCAUGGGCUCCUGUUGGUGGUGUGUGGAUGGGCCAAUGCCAGUGAUGCGGUGGAGAUCCUGUGUGUUUCCUUUCUGCUGCCCACUGCCCGCUGUGACCUCCAUCUCAGCACCUCAGACAUGGGGUUACUGACGGCCAACAUUUUCCUCGGAAUGAUGAUAGGUGGGUACAUGUGGGGUUACCUGGCUGACCAGAGGGGGCGCCAGAAGGUCUUGGUGAUGUCCCUGACAGUGAACGGAGUGUUUGGAGCGCUGGCCAGCUUUGCCCCUAGGUUCUGGCUCUUCCUUCUACUACGGUUCAUCAGUGGUGUAGGGGUGGGAGGUUCAAUCCCGGUCAUCUUCUCCUACUUUUCAGAGUUUCAGCCCCGGCUGAAGAGAGGGGCAAUGAUAAGUGCUCUGGCCACCUUCUGGAUGGCAGGGAAUAUUCUGGCAGCAGGCCUGGCGUGGUUGGUCAUUCCCCGGACCUGGGUCCGCUUUUCUCUGGGUGGGCUGGACUUCCAGAGCUGGAGGCUGUUUGUGGUGCUGUGCUCUGUCCCCAGCCUCACAUCGGCACUCAUCUUCAGUCUGGCCAUGCCUGAGAGCCCCCGGUUCCUCAUGGAGGCUGGCCGUGAGACAGAAGCCCUACGUGUCUUCUGCAGGAUGUUUGCAAUAAACCACAGAGGCAGUCUCAAGACCUUCUCAAUUUGUGGGCUGCAUAUCCCUUCUGAGAAGAAAGAGAGGGAGACUAGGAGAGGUGGAACACACACUCAGCGCUUUGUCAACCUCCUCAAACAGGUCUUGGCACCAAUAAGACAGCUGUUUGUUGGAGAGUUGGCCUCUAGAAGUGUAUGUCUGGUCGUUAUAUUCUACUGCAUCUCAUUUGGAUACUAUGGUCUGUGGAUGUGGUUCCCAGAGCUUUUCAAGAGAGCAGAGGAUGGAGGCUCACCUUGUGCCAAUGUGUCUCGCUUACAAAGCCAUGACAACCAAAGCUGCUACCCAGUCAAAACGGCAGUGUACAUGGAGGGCUUUGUCACUGCAGCCUCAAACCUACCAGGGAACAUCUUCACCGUUCUCCUAAUGGAUGUCAUUGGAGGAAAGGCCCUGCUUUGUUGCAGCCUAUUGUUGUCCAGUGUGAGUGUGUUCCUCAUCUACGAGGUGAAGACGAAAGCACAGAGUCUGCUCAUCUCCUGUGUUUUCAGUGGAGUGUCUGUGGUGGCCUGGAAUUCCUUGGACGUGUUGGGCACUGAGCUCUACCCCACCCAGCUACGGUCCUCCGCUCUGGGCUUCUUCACAGCAAUAGGCAGAGUGGCAGCCAUCAUGGGUAACAUAGUCUUUGGCCAGCUGGUGGACACCAACUGUGUGAUACCAGUUCUACUUGUGUCUGCUUUGCUGCUGACAGGGGGGAUCACUGCCUUGCGCCUUCCACGCACUAAACAGGCAGAGCUCACCUGAGGUCUCUGUGAAAAUGAAGUCCAGAAGACACUUUUUUCCCCCUGCUCGUAGUCCUCGCCAAGGGUUAUUCCCUGAACCUAGUCUACCUAGAGAUGCCUUUUUCCUAUCAUGACCAAAGAUAGACGUAGAAUAGAUUUUAUAAAACGGAUGUUGUGAAAUAUUGGAUUGCACAAGUGCACUUUGAGAAACCGUGUACCUUAAUGGUUUCUCAAUCAUUAACACAUCAUUGACCAGAGCUAAUAAUACAGUGAUCUACAAAAGUAUGGGGACAGUGACACAUUUUUUGUUGUGAAUUAAAAUUAGUCAAAAGUUUAGUAUUUGUUCCCAUAUUCCUAGCAUGCAAUAAUUACAUCAAGCUUCUGAAUCUACAAAGUUGCUGGAUGCAUUUACUCUUUUGGUGGUUUCAUUUCUAUUGGCAAGACAGAAUCAAUGGUAAAUAAUGUAUUGUCAUUUUGGAUGAACUUUUAUUGUAAAUAAGAAUAGAAUAUGUUUCUAAACACUUCUACAUUAAUGUGAAUUAGUGUUGCAUGGUAUACCGGUACCACAGUAAUAUCACCGUACAAAAACAUCAUGAUACCAACAUUUAUAGAUUAUCGUUUCAUAUAACACUACCACAUUUUUCAGUCCUACCGAUCUAAGGCACUGGCGCCUGUUAUAAAAUGUGUAUAAAGUCAGUUUUGUUUAUAAAUUCUGUAAAAAAAAAAAAUACAUGCAACUAGUCUCUUGUCCAAUAAUGUCCACUUAACUUUCAUGCCAUAUCACAUGUAGCAGCUGUAAUCCGCCAGCCCAUCCCAUUCCAGCCAUCACUCACCUGUUUCUCUCCGUCUGCUCUUCCUGCACAUCCAUUCCGUCAUCAGUUUUUAAAAUAUAAUUUAGCCGUGAUGGCAAGGGGGAUGCAUACCCUGAUCAGUCUUCUGUUGUUACAUUUGUACAUUUAAUACUUUGGAGCAGCGUGUGCAGAGCAAGCAAAAUUGAUACAUUGUAUAUCAUUUAAUCUCUGGGUUAACCAAGUGCACAGGCCAGUCGUAUAGGCUUUGCAAGUUUGCUGUCACACAGCAGUGCUAGAGGAAAAACAGCUUUGCGACAGUCAUACUUGCAGCUUUACAGCAUAGAAAACGGCUCCUCUCUAGAUCAAACGGUUAAAAAAAUUACUCAUUACCGGAGCUACUUUUUUCCCCUUUUUCUACCUCCGAUUUUGCACACAUUUGAUAUAUUGAACAAAAAUAUAAACACAACAUGCAACAAUUUCAAAGAUUUUACUGAGUUACAGUUCAUAAAAGGAAAUCAGUCAAUUGAAAAAUUAAUUGGGCCCUAAUCUAUGGAUUUCACAUGACUGGGAAUACAGAUAUGCAUCGAUUGGUCAAAGAUACCUUUAAAAAAAAAAGAAAAAAAAAAAAAAAGUAGGAGCGUGGAACAGAAAACCAGUCAGUAUCUGGUGUGACCACUAUUUGCCUCAUGCAGCGCGACAUCUCCUUCGCAUAGAGUUUAUCAGGCUGUUGAUUGUGGCCUGUGGAAUAUUGUCCCACUCCUCUUCAAUGGCUGUGUGAAGUUGCUGGAUAUUGGCGGGAACUGGAACAUACUGUCGUACACGUUGAUCCAGAGCAUCCCAAACAUGCUCAAUGGGUGACCAUGUCUGGUGAGUAUGCAGGCCAUGGAAGAACUGACAUUUUCAGCUUCCAGGAAUUGUGUACAAAUCCUUGUGACAUGGGGCCAUGCGUUAUCAUGUAACAUGAGGUGAUGGCGGUGGAUGAAUGGCACGACAAUGGGCCUCAGAAUCUCCUCACGGUAUCUCUGUGCAUUCACUUUGCCAUCGAUAAAAUGCAAUUGUGCUCGUUGUCCGUAGCUUAUGUCUACCCAUACCAUAACCCCACCGCCACCAUGGGACACUCUGUUCUCAACGUUGACAUCAGCGAACCGCUCGCCCACAUGACCCCAUACACGUGGUGUAAACAAAUUUGUGCAUAACAUUUUUGAAAAAUAAGCUUUUUGUGCAUAUGGAACAUUUUUGGGAUCUUUUUUCAGCUCACAAAACAUGGGACCAACACUUUACAUUUUUAUAUAUUAUAUUCCCCCCCCCCCCCCUGAGUAAUUUCACAAACCAUGUCGCGGGUCGUUUUAAACUAAUCCCAGGAUGCUUAUUAUUGUUUUGAUAACAAACAAUGUUGUUCAAAUUUGAUUGGCACAGGAAAAAAGUCCUGGUAUCAUGGUAGCAUCCACAUGAAUGUAGAAAUAUAUUCUGUCCUUAUUUACAAUAAAAGUGACUCCAAAAUGACAUUCAUUUCUAUUGGGCACAAAAUAAUCUGAAACAAACAAAACAAACAGCAAAUGCAUACAAGUUUAGAGUGACAAACUUGAUGUAAUCAUUGUGUGCUAGGAAUAUGGGACCAAAUACUAAACUUUUGACUAUAAUACACCAUAAGUGAAUUUGUCCUAAUAUUUUUGUUCCCCUAAAAUUGUGGGACUAUGUACAAAAAGUGCUGUAGUUUCUAAAUGGUUCGCCUGAUAUGGAUGAAAAUACACUCAAAUUAAAGUUGACAGUCUGCUCUUUAACAUCAGUUUAACAUUGUUUAAUUUAAAAUAAAGUGCUGUGUAAGUGUUGGUGUUCACUUUGUAUUCGAUAUGAAUAAAUCAGUGAUUCAUUGCUUCA